UGAACUUAAACCUCAUUAUAAUCCUUGGAGCAUUUUCUGGACAUAUUGUUGCGCUUCCGCGAACUGGCCCAAGAUGCCUCGUGCAAUCAGAGGCGUUCUUAUCGAGUGCGAUCCUUCGAUCAAGUCCAUCAUCGUCAGCAUCGACAGUGCUAACCAUGACUACAUCAUUGAGGAUCUCGAUGAUGAACGCGUGGUUGUGAAAGAGACCAUGGUCUCAACGCUCAAGCAUAAGCUCGAAGAACGACUCAAAGAAAACCUUCCUCCCGAAGAAGAAUCCGGCUCCGAGUAAGCUUCAAGCAUAUGCAAUAACUGAACUAUAUACACAAUUUCAUACCCGAACGACGUGCGUCUAUGGUCCUCUCAAACUCCUAAACUACAACUUCUCAAACCUCGGCUUCGUCUUCUUCAAUCCACUCAUCAACGCCAACGAAAAGUCCUUGCCUUGCACAGCCGCUGCAUUCCAUACUUGCGUAUACCUCAAGCUCUCAGCAACAGUAUGAUCCCUGCCGUGGUUGAGCAGCUCCUUCGUUCCCUGUACAGCAACAGGGCUCUUGUCAGCAAGUGUGGUUGCCAGAGCCACAGCAGCCUGCACA